GAAAUUAAAAUGAAGAAGAAAGACAGUACAAAAGUAUGGCCAUUCAAGUAUGAUCAACUUCUCCACAUAGAAGACCAUGAUUUUGCAAUGAGGCCUGGAUUUGGAGGGGCACCAGUACCUGUGGGUAUAGAUGUCCAGAUUGAAAGUAUUGACAGCAUUUCAGAAGAUGACAUGGACUUUACAAUGACCUUUUACCUCAGACAUUAUUGGAAAGAUGAAAGGCUCUCCUUUCCUAGCACAAGAAACAAAAGUAUGACCUUUGAUGGUAGAUUAAUCCAAAAGAUUUGGGUGCCUGAUGUCUUUUUUGUACAUUCCAAAAGAUCCUUCAUCCAUAAUACAACCGUAGAGAACAUUACGCUUCGAGUAUACGCCGAUGAUAAUGUCCUCUUCAGUCUCCGGGUAACGGUUUCUGCCGUGUGCUUUAUGGAUUUCAGUCAGUUUCCUCUUCACACUCAAAACCGUUCUCUUGAACUAGAAAGCUAUGCAUAUAAUGAGGAAGAUUUGAUGUUGUACUGGAAACAUGGAAAUAAGUCCUUAAACACAGAUGAGCCUAUUUCCCUUUCUCAGUUCUUUAUUGAAGAGUUCAGUGCAUCUAGUGGAUUAGCCUUCUACAGUAGCAGUGGUUGGUACAACAGGCUUUUCAUUAACUUUGUGCUAAGGAGUCAUAUUUUCUUUUUUGUCCUGCAAUCCUGUUUCCCAGCCAUGCUGAUGGUGAUGUUGUCAUGGGUUUCAUUUUGGAUUGAUAGAAGAGCUGUUCCUGCCAGAGUUUCAUUGGGUAUAACUACUGUGCUGACAAUGUCCACUGUUAUCACUGGAGCCAGUGCCUCAAUGCCUCAGGUGUCUUAUAUCAAAGCUGUGGAUAUUUACUUAUGGGUCAGUUUUCUCUUUUUGUUACUGUCCGUCAUUGAGUAUGCAGCAGUGAAUUACCUCACCACAGUGGAAGAAAGGAAGCAAUUUAAAAAGAGGGGCAAGAUUUCUGGAAUGUAUAACAUUGAGGCAGUACAAGCAAUGUCAUUUGAUGGUUGUUACCAUGACAGUGAGACUGAUAUUGACCUGCCCUCCUUUUCUAUACAUUCAGAAGAGUAUUCAGUGAACAGCAAAAAUCCCUACAUCCCCACCAUUGAUUCAGCUCAGCUAAAGAGGAAGAAGUCUUUGAAAGGCAAUGUUGGCAGAACCAUUCUUAAGAACAAUCAUGUCAUUGACACAUAUUCUAGGAUUGUUUUUCCUGCGAUGUUUAUUGUAUUUAAUUUUUUUUAUUGA